AUGGAAUCAAUACGUCGGUUAUCGUUGUUUGAGCCAGGAACAACACGAGAUCAAUUCGUUGAGACAAUACGAGAGGUUAUCGUCAAUGAUACGAUCAUAACAGUCACUGAGCAAAUGCUCGAUGAACUCUUUGAGAAAUUUGAUCAGGUUAAAGAUGAUAAUACAUUUUUCUUGAAGGAUUGUGAUGGUGAAUUGAAUGAGGUGGAAUGCGAGUAUGUUAAUCACUUGCUAAUUGAACCGUUAAAUCAGCUGAAAACAGCACUUAUCGUUGUUGACUUCCAAAACGAUUUCAUUACAGGUUCAUUGGCCAUAAAGAACGGGACUGCACAAGAAGAUCCGAGCGAGGCAUUGAUACCAAUUAAUAGACUAAUCAGCGAGUGUCCUUUUGCGUUGAUCGUCUACACAAUGGAUUGGCAUCCAUAUAAUCAUAUCUCUUUUUGGGAGCACUGCAGAAAUUCAGAUCGAAAAUUAUGCGUUGAAGAUCGAAUAAGAAAAUUGAAACCGUUUGAUAUUGUUCGUUUCGAAACGCCAGAUGUUGAGCAGAAAUUGUACCCGGCACAUUGCAUCCAGAAUUCGUGGGGAGCUGACUUGGAUGCACAAAUGAUUCAAGCCAAAAAUUCGGUAUUCAUUCAGAAGGGUAAAGACACCUAUGCGGACUCAUAUUCAGCCUUCAAAGACAACAAUAAAGAUCAAAGUACUGAAUUGGAAGAAGUGUUACGUUCUGAAUCAAUUGACGCGAUUUUCGUUUGUGGACUUGCGUACGAUGUUUGUGUGGCCGCCACAACAAAUGACAGUGUUGAAUUGGGUUUUUUAACAGCACUCAUAACGGAUUGCAGCAAAGGACUAGAUUUGGAUGAGAUGAAACGUGUCAACGAUGAACUAUCCAAUAAAAAUGUGGCCAUUCUUAAUUCAGAAAGUGUCUUAAGGAUUGUAAGCGACAAAUUCAUUCCAUGGCAAUGGAUUUCUAGUUUAGCCGGUCUCAUGUAA